CUGCAGAGUACCUUGCAAACCCCUUUCUGCUGAGAAAGAUUCAUGAUACUUAGUGAUGGAGCAGAACAACAGCAAUGUAGAGGAUUUCUCCCUGAACGUGUUUUCUGUCUCUCCUUACCCACCGAGCCGGUCUGAUGCCCUGGUGUCAGAUGGAGACAAAGCUGGUGCCACUCUGCUUUUCUCAGGUGUGUUCUUGGGACUGGUGGGGAUCACAUUCACCGUGAUGGGGUGGAUAAAGUACGACGGCCUUACUCACCUGGAAUGGACUCAGUUACUAGGGCCAAUCCUGCUUUCUGUUGGGGUAACUUUCAUCCUGAUUGCCGUUUGCAAAUUCAACAUGCUUACGUGCAAACCCUGCAAAGAAAGAGAGGAGAACAUGUUAGACAUCGACCAGAGCACAAGCGGACAGUCCUUCGUGUUCACCGGAAUCAAUCAGCCCAUAACUUUCCACGGUGCCACCGUGGUGCAGUACAUCCCCCCACCUUACCCAGCGCUGGACAGUGGAGCCACCAGCCCUGGCUACCUGCACCCUGUGCUCAGCUGCUGCGGGGCUGUCUCCCCUGGUGUCUCUCCCAUCCCCAGCCCCAGCUCUGCUCACUUCUGCCCUGCCUACUCUCUGGACAACCCUGCUUUCACCUGGGAUGAGAGCUGUGCCAGUUACCUCACAGAGAACACACGGAACCAAAGGUCAGAGGACAGCUCUGAUGAGCCAGAAGAACUGCUGGAAGACCCCUGUGAAGAACUAUCACCUCCUCGUUACGAGGAAAUAUACCCACUGUCUUCAUAAAGUAACUGCUGACAACAGACCAUGCUCUUGAGAGACACCAACUUAUCCUUACGAAUCUUCUCUUUAGCAUUUGCACUACAUGCAGUUGAGAGCAGAAUGAUUUCAGACAUACUGAAAUGUGCUUCAGUGUCACUGAAAACAUUUAACCAGCCCCUUCCUUUUGUUCCUCAUGCUAUUUUCUCCCUUGCUAUGCAGUUUGAUAGCAAAACCAAUUAAACUCAAAGAUGUAAAUUCAUUCAAGUUUUUCCCAACAAGGAUCCUGAAUUCCAGACUUGCUGAAACAGUGUGAACAGUGAAUGCACGAGAUGUCACAAUUACUCCUGGACUUUCAGCAUCAUUGGAAAACAUUUGAUUUAUCCUGUGUAUUAUUGCCCGUUGAUUAGCUGGGGAACUUCAGAAGUGUCUUCACUCAGCCUGAUUCCUUAGAAUGUCUCACUCAUGAGCAAGUCCACUCCACAGGUUUGACUUCCUCUGCCUUGACCCAACCCCAUAGGUAUUUUCAGAGCACUCCAUUGAAUCAGGGCAUCCCAGGUGGGAGAAAAAGACCCCCUGUGCAUCAUAUGCAGUUCCUUUCCCUGACAAUGGGGCACAAAGCAUUGUCUCCCACAACAAGUGCUAGUGAUGACUAGGUUAACACCACAAAAGCAAAAGGCACUUUUUUUAAGGAGCCUUAGCAGAAAUAUAUGGUCCUAUCAGUGCUGAAAGCAUUAGCAGGUUGUGCUGUGACUCAUAGCAGUCCCCUGUGCAAAGGGGUCUCUUCAGAGGUGGCUCUGAAGCACAUAGGCUGAGAUGUUCUCAGAGCACCAUGGCAGCUACAUGUUGCAGUGGACUUUCUUGUUUGAGUCCAGCUUGCAGGAUCAGCGCAGUUCCAUACACUGUAUCUACAAAUGGAUCAGUAUCCAGAUCUAACAGUGGAUGGGGGUUUGCAAGUGACAGAAUCUUCAGCGCGGUGCAGAGCUUCCUGAAAGGCUCUGUUCAGAAGCUGUCUACUCCCCAGAGCAAUGAGAAGUGUCUGCAUGGCCUCACUAGUGAUGAUAAGGUGUGCAUCUGAAGGGAGAGAGGUGCGUCCAGAACAUCAUCUGUCUACACUGAGCUUCAAGCACACACCUGCCUCCUGGUCCUGCAUGUUCUGAGUGAGCCAAGAGAUCAUUAGGUUAGAUAUUAGGAGGAAAUUCUUAACUCAGAGAAUGGUGAGGCUCUGGCACUGGCUGCCCAGGGAUGCUGUGGGUGCCCCAUCCCUGGAUGCACCCAGGGCCAAGUUGGAUGGGUGCUGGGCAGCCUAAGCUGGUGGGUAGCAGCAGCAGGCUGGGGUUCAGGCGGGCUUUAAGGUCCUUUCCAACCCAACACACUCUGCGAUUGCAGGAGUCUAUGAAUACUUUUGGAGGGGUGCAAGAGAAAAUUCAUGGCUGAAGUGCAACACUCAGUGGUGCUGCAAAUGGCACUGAGAGGUCACAUUUGGAAUGCAACACGCUGAUUCUGAGCAGGAUUAGCAGCUGCAGCAGCAGCUACUGGACAGUGGCUGCAAACCAUGCAAGAAGGUUUCUCACUAGGGCAACAUGGAGCACACUGAUUUUCAGCAGCCCAGUACCAGCAGGUAGCUGGAGAGAGGCCAGCAUAUGGUGCACAGCACUGUCUCAGUGGGACUGAGUAAGAGAACAGGAGGUCUAAAAAUAAACAUAAGAUUCCUUCAUGGAAACCUCUUGCUCCCCUUCCAGAACUUACAUGGAGGUGAACUCAUCCUCUGCAGCAGCAAGCUGGAAGUUCAUAGGUCCCCAGGAACAGACACCUGCACUUAGCACAUUGUGCUGCUGAGUUGAGAAGUGCUGUGAGAGCACAGAGGAUGGGUGAGAUGGGUCUAGCUGCAGGACUGCAGUCAGCAGUGCUGUCUGAUCCCUCUCCCCUGCAACAAGAAAAUACUUUCUGUCAGAAACCACAGACUUGCUGCCGCUCAUUUUGAACAUGCUUUCCCUGCAUACAUGACAUAAGCAUGUUACCCAGGGGAAUCAGAGGGCUUAUUUUCAUAGCAUCUAAUUGCACAGCCAGAGUAAAUACAAGAAAUCCAGAAGGUUGCUCCAUGGACUUGAUUUUUAAGGUUUAUUUUUGAGGACACUGAGCUCAAUGAAAGAGUGCUGGGUUUCCUUUAUUGGAGAAAUAGCUGAAUAAGUGAUUUUUAAUGACUGUGUAUUAAAAUGAUCCAUAAGAUGAA